AUGGGGAAGGCAGCGAAGGGUGGCAAGAAGCUCCCAGCGGCGCCGCUGGCUGACAAGAAGAAGAAGGCCAAGAAGAAUCCACUUUUCGAGAAGACCCCUCGAAACUACCGCCUGGGUGGUGACAUCCAGCCCAAGCGCGACCUGACGCGUUUCGUGAAGUGGCCCAAGUACAUCCGCUUGCAGCGCCAGAAGCGCAUCAUGCUCAUGCGCCUCAAGGUUCCCCCUGCUAUCAACCAGUUCAGCAUGGCCAUUGACAAGAACCAGGCAGCGUCUCUUCUGAAGCUCUGCAAGAAGUACUCGCCGGAGACCAAGGAGGCGAAGAAGGCGAGGCUGAUGGAGAUGGCACAGCAGAAGAAGGACGGCCAGGAGGUGAAGACGAAGAAGCCCCAGGUUCUGAAGUACGGCCUCAAUCACGUGACAACGCUGAUCGAGGAGAAGAUGGCAAAGCUCGUCGUGAUUGCCCAUGAUGUGGAUCCCCUUGAGCUCGUGUGCUGGCUGCCGGCACUGUGCCGCAAGAAGGAUGUGCCUUACUGCAUCAUCAAGGGCAAGUCGCGCCUGGGCCAGUUGAUUCACCAGAAGGCCUGUGCGUGCAUUGCCAUCACCUCCGUCAAGCCAGAGGACGAGAAGGAGUUGAACACCCUGGUCAACAACUUCAAGGCACAGUUCAAUGACAAUGCUGAGGUGAAGCGAAGAUGGGGCGGCGGCAUCAUGGGAAUCAAGUCCCAGCACAUCACUGCACGAAAGGAGAGGGCCAUCCAGGCCGAGAAGGCCAAGAAGCUGGGCCUCCAGAUCGCCUGA